CUUUCUCCUGGGGUGAAAAUAAGAACAACUUUCAUCCAUUGUCACUUGUUUCAGUAGCAGCAGGAUUUAAGGAAGUUCAGUUCAACUGAUUGCAAUGCCAUUACCAAUUCAGCCAAGCAGUGCGCAAAAAUCCAUUUUAAAUACUUCUGAUGGAAUUGAAGAUAACGUUGUUUGGUUUACAUUUUUCCUGAACUCUAGUGCAGUCAUCCAUAACUUCAACAAUUAUUGGCUAAACUCUAUACAAUUUUUGACUGUUUCAGGAUGGGUGCCAAAUUUUAUUUUUUGAUGCUGAUGGCACUCAUGACCACAAAGAUCACGCCAAGCAUUCCAGCUGCAGAAGAUGGCCAUCAAAAUGAAAAGGAAAUGAAUGCUGCACAUAACAGAACCAUAGAGCUUCCUGAGGAUACUUCAAAUUAUGGCAGAGAGAAUAUCAGGACUGAAAUAUUUGACAACCGCACAGAUAUGGUGCAACAUAACAAUAGGAGUAUUACAAGAAAAUCAGAAAUCUCUGCCCAACCAAUGAAUGAUUCAGGCAAGUGCAUUUUGAGUAUCGAGAGGCCUAUAAUUGAAGCAUUCCGUCAUACUGUACAAAAGGACAAGAGCAAUUUUAUGUAUUUAAAUUUAACUGGUGCAGAAGGUGUCCAGCUAAAAAAGGGGAAGUACACAAUUGCAGCAAAUAUUUGGGUGUGGACGUUUUGGGGUAAGGAGGGGGCUUUAGAAUACCUCCAUUGGCCAACAGAGUUUGGUAUUUGGUCGAUGGGUCUUCUUUAUGAAAGUGUUACAUACCGUCCUGUACCGAUUGAGCUGUCUAGGGUGUCAGGAAACUGUUCAAAUAUACAAGUCGGAAACAACGAGGAUGACAGGAUUAUUGCUGCUGCAUUCACUAAUUUGACAUUAGAGAUGAUUAAUUACAAGAAAGAUGUGUAUGGUCCAUCGUUCUACUGCUACAUGGAAAGAAUAAUCAUUGGUCCGUACCAGUUUUGUAAACACCUAGUUUGUCCCUUAGAAGCGGUGACAUUUUCUUGCUGCAAUUUCUUUUAUAACACAACCAAAAGGAGAAGAGUAAUGGAUUGCCCAAAUUUAGUUUUUGACUAUGACCCAAUGUGGUGGAUACUUCCCAGUAUUAUUUCUAUUGUAUUAUUUGCGUAUUCACCAUUACUUUUUCUGUACAUAUUCCAUAAAUUAUCAGAGAAGGAAAUCAUUAGAGUCCCAGUACCCUCCACUGUUAUAAACAUCCAAGACCACGGUCCAUUGCAGCCACUGCUGCAUGGAAACACAACAGACUUUAUACUUUUACAGGGUAAGAACCAUGUCACUUUUCUGAGUACAGUAUUAAGCCCUUUGGCAUCAUGCAAGUCACCAUUUGCCGGAACAUGCUUGCAGAAACUUCAAUCUUGCAUCGUGCGUAUCCUCAUACCAGUGUUCACGUUCUCUAUAAUUGGACUUCAGAUAUUGCUGGACUACCAUUUCUUGUCAAACUUUGUGAAGGAUUGUGUAGCAUCAGGUGUUCCACUUGGAUUCCGUUAAUUGCUAACUGGUUACCAGAAAAGUAAGAUCAAUUUUCUUCCAACACUUGGUGGUCCAUUCAUUGCUUCUGGCUGCUACUUUGUGGUAACCAUAGCCUUGCUAGUUGUCCCUGACUCUCCAAUACAAUUACUCAACAAGG